CUCCCUUCACCCCGCCAACCUCAACAACCCCUAAUCUCUCUCUCUUUUAAACCCACCCCCACCCCCAUCUCUCUCUCUCUCUCUCUCUCUCUCUCUCUCUCGCUCUCUCUCAGAUCUGUAGAGAGAAAUGGCGCUGCUUUCAUCCAAUUCCAAAGAUUCAUCUUCUUGCGUUCCUUCUGGAUCCAGAGACUCCAACUAUUGCCGCAAACAGAAAUCUCUUGGCCUUUUAUGCUCCAAUUUCUUGAGCUUGUAUGAUCGAGACGGCAUCGACACAAUUGGACUUGACGAUGCUGCUGCGCGUCUAGGUGUGGAGAGGCGGCGGAUCUAUGAUAUCGUUAAUGUUCUUGAAAGUAUUGGUCUUCUCACGAAGAAGGCCAAGAAUCGUUAUUCUUGGAAGGGGUUUGGAGUCAUUCCUAAAACGCUGCAGCUGCUUAAGCAAGAAGGGCUCAAGGAGAGCUAUACCUCGUUUGAAGAUCCUCUUCCCUUUAAGGUUUUGGAUGAUGAAGUAGAUGAAAAGUUUCAAAGUUCCAACAAUUCAAGUCAGACUGAUAAAUCAAAUGCAAGUUCGGUCCCCAAAAUUCCAGGAUUAGGGGCAUCUAAGUCUGAGCGGAAGGAGAAAUCUUUGGGGUUGCUGACACAGAAUUUUGUCAAGCUCUUCCUGUGUUCAGAAGUGGAGAUGAUCUCCCUUGAUGAAGCUGCAAAGAUAUUGCUUGGAGAUGCUCAUGAUAUGUCAAUGAUGAGAACUAAGGUUAGACGACUUUAUGAUAUAGCAAAUGUAUUGUCUUCAAUGAACUUUAUUGAGAAGACUCAUCACCCAGAGACAAGGAAACCUGCCUUCAGAUGGCUGGGAAUGAAGGGAAAAUCUCAAAUGGCAUCAACUAAUGCUCUAAUUCUUGAGAGCAAGAAACGGACAUUUGGAACUGAGCUGACAAACACCAGUCUCAAAAGAUGCAGGGGGGCGCCAUCACUUAAUACAGCUGCAGAUCAGGCAACUAUAACACCAUCACAGAUACGCGCUGAAUGCAUGACUGCCAAAAAGGCUGUUGAUGUGAGUGACUCGGAAAAGGGAUCACUACAGAAUGUCCAAAACUAUCAUUAUGGUCCCUUUGCUCCUAUAAAUGUGCUCAAAACCCAACCUUCAAGCAAUGAUGAGAGAAAGCAGCCCCGUGAUUGGGAAAGUCUUGCCAAAGCUCACACUCCUCAGUAUCAUAACCAAGCAUUGAGAGAUCUAUUUUGUCAUUAUAUGGAGGCUUGGGGUUCUUGGUGUUCUGAAGUAGCUGGAAAGAAUCCAAUACAACUGCAGUCCUAAUCAUUGUAUGUGCUGCUAGAAAUUCAGAUUCAUAUUAGUCAGAACUAGAACAUAGGCACCUACAGUUUGCAUUCAAGAUGACGAAGAAGAGAUGGGAAGAUGUUGAAUGCAUAUGCUAUUGCUCUAUGUAUCAGCUUCUAAUGGCCAUCCUCUGGAUACUUUGAAUUGUAAUCUGUUACAUCAUUCAUUUGCUUCCAUGUCAUUAGACACCCUGGAUGUUCUGCUUUCUUUUUAGUUCUAAAAACAAGGUACUCCUGAUUUUAGGGAAUUAUACAUGGUUAAAGCUCAAGCAGUUGGGCUUUACAUCAAUAAUAAUUGAAUGUCUCUAUUA